UGUAGUCGCUAUAUCCAUGAUCUGUUUCCCUCAUUGAUUAAAAACUUGGAUCCUGUGCCUCUGAGACAUCUUCUGAAUUUAGUGUCAGGCCUACAUCCAGUGCACAUACGGAACAGACCUUGUAUUUGGCUUCAAUGUUGAUUAAAGCCCUGUGGAACAAUGCACUAGCAGCUAAAGCCCAGCUUUCUAAACAGAGCUCCUUUGCAUCAUUACUGAAUACUAAUUUACCAAUGGGCAACAAGAAAGGUUCGCCAGCAGCUAGCCCUCAGAGCAGCGACAACAGUGACACUCACCACAGUGGCGGAAGCGACAUAGAAAUGGAUGAACAAAUAUUGAACAGAUCUAAGCAUGUACAGCAGCGACUUUCAGAUACAGAGGAAUCUAUGCAAGGGAGUUCAGAUGAAACCGCAAACAGUGGUGAAGAUGCCAGCAGUGGGCCAGGGAGUAGCAGUGGGCACAGCGAUGGCUCAAGCAAUGAGGUCAAUUCCAGUCAUGCCAGUCAGUCUGCAGGCAGCCCGGGCAGCGAGGUUCAUUCAGAGGACAUAGCAGAUAUGGAAGCCUUAAAAGAGGAGGAGGAAGAAGAGGAGCAUUCUCACAACCCUUCGAAAAGCAGCAGAGUAGUUGACCUACAGAAGAGAAAAUUGGGAGUCGCAAGCGGGUAUUUGUUUGGGGGAGCCCCAGGGGACAGCGGAUAUAGGUGCAACAAGCAAUGGCACAUGCAAGGACCUGGUUUUUAAUUCCGAGUCUGUUCAACCAGGUGAUAGUCGCAUUCGCAUCUUGGAUCCCUGCUCCCACUCUGAAGAGCCUGAGCAUGAUAUGACGGGGGAGAUGAGUGGCGGCCACAUGCAAGGCUCUCAUGACACCUGCAUCGCCCGCAGCGGAGACUUCCUGGGAGAGACUAUCGGGAAUGAGCUGUUCAACUGCCGACGGUUUAUUGGCCCUCAGCAUCACCACCACCAUCAUCACCACCACCAC